AGUCUUAGUGUCAUCAAGCAUACAUGCAGAGUUUACUGUGUGUUUGGUUGUUUUUUUUUUUAAUACUUGUAAUCUUGUUUUUAAAAUGUUUUGGGCUUUUUAAAUAUAGCUUUUGUCUCAUUAUACAGUGAGAUAAAAAAAAAAUCCUCUGUGUCAUUGUUAUGGUUUAUCACAUCAGUUGUUGUUAUCCCAGAUGAUGUCUGUCUUAACCAGUUCUAUAUUUGUUUUCAAUUUUAAUGGUAGUAAUGGAGUGCCCAUUGCGUGUUGUGGAGUAGUUCUGUUUGUGUAAAGGGAUUCUUUCUAAAAUGAUUGCAAAAGAAAAUGUGGUUGGAUGUGGAAACAAUUUUUAGCUGUCAAAGUUAAACUAUAUCUUAUCCACAGUCUAUUUUCUCUGCCAGAAUUUGGUCCCAGGUUCCACUUUCUAACCUAAUUCCAUCUAGUCCCAUCAGAGCACUUCUCUCUUCAUUUUGCUUUUGCUUUGUAGGUGAAUAUGGAAUGUACCAAAGUGAUUUGCACCCUGCUUUCAGUUCAUGUCACAUGCAUGACAAGUGUAGCUGAGAAUCACAUUUGUGCAAGUUUUCCAAAGUGUUGACUCAAACAGGUGUUAACAUAGAUGAGGUAUUAGGAAGGUUAAUGUUGAAAUUGAAGUAGCUGAUAUCUGCAUAUAUCUAUUUGUGUAAGUAUCUUGUUGACCAGUAAUUAGAGGUUUGCCUAGAAUAGAAGGUAAUGAAUUUUAAGUCCCGCAUAUUUUCUCUGUGAAUUAGAAGAUACAAGCCUAAGUCCCAGUAUUUCUAUGAGCUCUACACCAGAGGAUUUUCUUCUGUUCCAAAUCAUACCCAGAUACUCCAUUAGCAUAAUUCUUAAUAAGUACCCAUUUUUAGUCCUCCAUUUGUUCACCUCUUGUACGUGCAAAAUAAAUCAGUUUUGUUUCUCACCCAAACGUACUGUUUUAUGAGGAGGUAACACUAACUUAAAUAGCCAUUAUUGACUAAUAGUUGAUAAUGCCGAUCUGCUUUUCUCCACUGUUAAAUAAAUGAUGGGUAGAUGUGGAUAAUUCAGCAAAUCUAGCUAGAGUCUUCCCUCAGAAGACUGGGGUAAUGAGUAUGUGUGCAAAGAUCAUAUUGUUUCACUUUGCUUUUUAUGAAGUUAUAUUCCUUUAGAGAAAGUUUAUGUUCCGUAGAAAUCGGGAAGGAUUCUAAUUAACAGAGCAGAAUGAUUUCUUUGGAGCUGUGGAUGUGUCUUUCUUAAGCAGAUACCAUAAACAUCAGGUGUUUCCUUGAUUUGCUUAGACGUUAAUAGAUCAAUAGCUGGUGUAAGUUUGAGUUCGCGCUUAGGUCCCAACUCACAGCUGUUCAUAUUGCAGUUGUUUUGAGCUGUGGUGGCAUUCUUGCUAAAUGUAAGAAAGACCCUGCUGAAUUUUAGGAUGUGAAAUCAAAGAUUUUAUUACCUGCUUUUUUGCCUUUCUAUACCCAGGAUGAUAUAGGAAAAUGUUGCUGUGGGCACCGUUUUCAGGAAAGCCACCGGCAGGAUUCCACUCUUCUUCCUUAGACUUUUUUCAGUUUUGCUUGCUGUGCUGACUGCGUUAUUUAGCCGUUUAUGUAACCUUCUCCUGCCCCACGCUUGCAUUCACCUGGCAGAAUUAGCAAACGUACCAAGUAAGACUUUGAGAUACUCCGCUUUAGCAUACACUGCGUUCUCAUGUACGUGUAGUAAUUUGCAAUGGAUGACCCUCUCAAUCACAGCUAGAAAAACAUUCAUGUCUUAGUGUGAUUUUGUAGAGUAUAAGCAUGAGUUAUAUGUCAAAUGGGUUCAGUGCAGACAGGAUUAUGCAUGUAAAAACAAAAUGCAACAUAGUAGUAGAGUGACAAAAAGCAGCCAAGAAGGGCUUAGCGCUUAAUUGUAGGAAGUCUGAGGUACCUGUUGUUACUCCUGUUGUUUGUGAUUCAGCUCUUCAGCUUGCUUUAAGAGUGAAAAAAGACAAAAGGAAACUUGACCUUGACCUUAGAGUACAGCUUGACCCCAUUGCUACUGGAAGAAUUGUGGAACCACUUUUCCCAUUCCCGUAAUACCUUCCUUAUAUUGAAAGAAAGUUUUAGCGGCCAAAUCACAUGACACCUCAACAGAAGGGAGCUUAGCCUAGUAAGUGCCACACAUGAUUUUUAUUCUUUUGUGGAAAACAUGGGGCACAGGCUUCCUGGUAGGCAGCCAGGGAGUCAAGUCAGGUGGAAUUUGCCUUCACUUAAUUAUAAUCGGCUUUGUCCCUUUGUUGAUGACACCUGAGCCAUACGCUGUGCCCACCUUUUCAUCCUGCCACUGACUGUUAUAAAGCUCAGUAGGAAAAAUAAACUGAGGCCACAAUAACAUAUGGAAGUGUCUUGGCAGGAUUUAGCCGGUCACUUGAAGUGGUUUUCCUUUAUCUCUGGGUAGGAGAUGAAGUCAGAACUACAUGUUGUUUCGUAUAUAGGGAUCAUUAUUUUUAGCCCAGCAGCAGGUCUUAGCCUCUGCAUGUAAUCUGCUCAGACAGAGCCACAUAAGGCAUCAAAGUUUGCAUGGGGUGUCUGUGGAGCUCAGAUACAUUGAUGCUGAGUAUAACUUGAGUUUUAGAAGGAUGGAUGCUCAACAUAAUGAAUUGUGUGGUAAUUUAAAGCUCAAUGUCUCAUGUUUGUCGCUGUCAACUUCUGUUUCAGGUGCGGCAGAUUUGUGAUAGUAUCUGGUUUUAUAAAGAGCUUCUAACUUAAUUAAUUCUUACUACCUUGGUGUUCUCUGUGUUAAGUGAGGGAGAAUCAAAGCUGUUGUAGUAACUGUGGCCAGAGUGCCACUGAGUUUAGAGUGUGCGUGUAUUGCAGACAGGAAUCUCUGCGUGUUCUCAGCAGCCGGGGACAGUGCAUAUGGAGGCAAUCUCGGCGCAUUUAAAGUUUACCAGGGCCCAUUCUGAAACACCAGCUGAACUGCAUGCAUUUGGUGCUGCCGGUGAGAAGGGCUGCCUAGCAUGUCAUCCCUCAGCUAUACAUAGCAAACUCAAAGCUCCUUACAGAGAAACCUCUUACCAGUCACUUUCCACAAAUGGUGCAUAUACCUAAAGGUACUUAGUGAAAAUCCUUGAGAGGUAUUUAAUGCAAAAGCAGUUAGUCUCUCUGGUGUUUUGCAGAAGCCUACACACACACCACUAGCACCUACACCAUAGCACUUGGACCAGUUACUCCCUUUUCCUCAACCAGGCUCUGCCACCCCAAGAGCUUGCCAAGAUGUGUGACAUGGGGGGCCUUGACAACCUCAUUGCCAACACAGCCUAUCUGCAGGCAAGGAAGAGUGGAGAUGGAGACACCAAGGAGAUGCAAAAGAGACGUAAAAGCCUCUCGCUGCCCAAGAUUGAACAAUGCAGUGAGGUUAGACAGUCCCUUGUUGUUGAUUAUGAUAGCAUCUGUGAGCAGCAGCCCAUUGGCAAGAAAUUCUUCAGAGACUUCUUAGAGACAGUGCCAGAACAUUUGGUAGCUAGGGACUUCCUGGAUGAGGUGUCAAACUGGGAAUUGGCAGAGGACAAUGUCAAGAGCAGUACCAUGGAGAAUAUGGUCACCAAUUUUCUUAAGGCAGGUUCCAAAAACUACCUGGCUUUCAUGAGCUCUGACUUGGCCAACAAAUGCCAGGCAGCUACUGCAAACGACUACGAGAAUGUCAUGCAGCUGGCCAAGGAGGAAACCAAACUCUUCCUUAAAGGCAAGCCCUUCCAAGACUUCCAGACCAGCCCCUUCUAUGACAAAUUCCUCCAAUGGAAAGUUUUUGAGAAGCAGCCGGUAACUGAGAAAUACUUCUAUGAGUUCCGAGUGCUGGGCAAAGGCGGCUUUGGAGAGGUUUGUGCCAUCCAGGUGAAAAAUACUGGCAAGAUGUAUGCCUGCAAGAAACUGGAUAAGAAAAGGUUGAAAAAGAAAGGUGGAGAGAAGAUGGCACUACUGGAGAAAGAGAUCCUGGAGAAGGUCAACAGCCCUUUCAUAGUUACACUAGCUUAUGCCUAUGAGAGCAAAAGCCAUCUGUGUCUUGUCAUGAGCCUCAUGAAUGGAGGGGAUCUGAAGUAUCACAUCUACAAUGUGGGAGAAAGAGGUUUGGAAAUUAACAGGGUCAUCUAUUACUCAGCUCAGAUCACCUGUGGGAUUCUGCACCUCCAUUCCAUCAAGAUUCUGUACCGGGACAUGAAACCCGAAAAUGUCCUCCUGGAUGAUAACGGUAAUUGCAGACUGUCUGAUCUUGGACUGGCAGUGGAAGUCAAAGAAGGAAAAAGCAUCACUCAGCGGGCUGGGACAAAUGGUUACAUGGCUCCGGAAAUCCUGAAGGAUGAAGAGUACGGCUAUCCUGUGGACUGGUUUGCAAUGGGGUGUAGUAUUUAUGAGAUGAUUGCUGGGCGAACGCCAUUCAAGGAUUUCAAAGAAAAGGUCGGUAAAGAUGAGGUUAAAAGAAGAACUCUGGAAGACGAGGUGAAAUUUGAACAUGCCAACUUUACAGAGGAAACGAAAGAUAUUUGCCGACUGUUUUUGGCUAAGAAACCAGAGAAUCGUUUAGGAAGCAGAAAUGCAGAUGAUGACCCAAGAAAACAUAAUUUCUUCAAAACAAUCAAUUUCCACAGGCUAGAGGCAAACCUUAUUGACCCUCCAUUUGUGCCAGAUCCGUCAGUUGUCUAUGCCAAAGAUGUUGCAGACAUUGCUGACUUCUCUGAAGUACGAGGAAUUGAGUUUGACGACAAAGAUAAGAAGUUCUUCAAAAAGUUUGCGACGGGUGCUGUCCCUAUAGCCUGGCAGGAAGAAAUUAUUGAAACAGGACUGUUUGAAGAACUGAAUGAUCCUAACAGAGUAGAGUCCGGGGGUUAUGCAAAUGGAGGUGAAGCUAAGUCAGGAGUUUGUUUGUUGUUGUAAAUACCACAUCAUUAACAAAAGGAGUAGAAAGCACUCAGAACUUUCCAUAUUCUGACACUUUCAGAAACUCAGUGCAUCUCUUUAAGGAGAACCAAUCAGUGUAAUAUGAUGUUGACAGGCUAUGUAGGACCACCAGCUGUAUAGACUAUGUUAUUUUCCUUUGCUCUGACAAAGGAAACGAUUUUUUUGUUUUAUUGGAGAUAUAUCAAGAUGAAGAACCAUAUAUCUCUAACAAACUUAGAAUGAUAGAAAUGCUGUAAUACCAGAAGCAGUAAUAGAGUGAAGAGGCAACACCUUUUGAAAAUGACUGACUACCAUUUUGAAUACAAUGAUUUGUUGGUUUUCUUCCUAUUUGCUUGUUGUUUCUACUAACAUUUCCUCUUUGUUCUACAGUUUUCAGGAAAGAUUUUUAAUUUUCAAGUAAUAUUCUCAAUUAGGCAGUGCAGAUCAUAUACCAUGUCAAACUUGGAAUCUUAUCAGUUAGCCAGUCUGUUGUUCUCUUAAUUUCUGUUAGUUUUUGGAUGGUAUGAUUGUCAUCUGUUCAAAUUGUCAUAAAAUGUAAAAGAAGGCUCUGCAUAUCGCUAGGAAAUAGGACUGACAGGUUCAAACUGUUUUUAAAGUUAAUUUUAACUGAGUAAAGAAUUGCACCAAUUUAACUGAAUAAAGCAUUUAUUUAUUAAGUGUAUACUUUUAAGUGGUAUUACCAUAUGCAAAGAAAAUGUGUUUAUAAUUAAAUACAGGUUCUUUAUUACAAUCAAUUAUAAAUUUUUAUCGGGUUUCCUGAUAAUUUUUCUGUAUUUUGGUGAUAAAUUAAGCUGCAAAUAGACCAAUUUGUAACUGGCUUUUUACAAGACAUUUAUUUCAGUGCAACAUAGAUUUUAAUUCAGUAGUUGCAAAAAUGCAUUAUACUACUAAGUGCUGCAAUGAUGGAAAGGUAAUAUGUGCAAGUUGGCACUAUCUUCAAACGUUCAUUGGUUAUCAUGUAAAUUUUUGUGUUUUAUUUUUCAAUUUUAUGAAAACCUAAAUUGAAUUAUUUGGAAACAUUUCUGCAAGUACUUGCUACUGCUUAAAUAUGUUACUGAUGAGAUGCACUGUGCUGAUUUUCUAUGUAAGAAAAUAGGUGGUAGUUGUUGGCUACAACUUUCAAAACUGAUUCUGCCUGCUGUUUACUGUCAUCUGUCUGUCCAUAAUUUCCAUUGACUCAAGUGGAAAUUGAAGCUGCUCUAUUCCUUGGAGUCCUGGAGGCUGCUAAUACUUCAUUUCCUAUUUUUCGUAGAGCAAACCUUCUACUGAACUGAAAGACUUCUUUUAUCUAGACACUGGGAUUGAAUUUGCACAUCUGUUUUAAAAGAGGAAAAUGAAUAGAUACGAUGUCUUCUAUAGUCAGGUCUGUCAUGUAACACAUAGCUUUAGUAUUUAUUUAUAAUCUUAAUAGCUUGUCCCAAAAUUAAAAAUCUGUAGUUUGAAAUACUCUUUUAAGUGAUUUAGUCACAGCUAAGUAAUACAUUGGUAGUACAUUGUGUUGUUCUACAUAGAAAAAUAAUUGUUCCUUUUUUUCCUUUUAAAUUUGCUUUUCCAGUGCUUUAUAUACUUAAUUUUCAAGUGAAAAUUUUGAAGAACAGCGUUAGUUAGGAUUAGUGGAUAAUUCUGUUCAUGAAUUAUGAGCAUAUAAUUGGCUGCCUUUUGAGGCGAGACUUUCUGUCUCUGGUUCAAAACAUUAUAAGCUGAAUUCUGACUUAGGCUUUUAUUGAGAAGGAUGAUCCUGAAAGACUGGGAAAAGCAGAGGAGGUUGAGAGGAGAGUCGUGUGGUUCUGGCACAGAUUUAGGAGAAUGCUUCUACUGCUGACAUCCAGUGAUUGUAUUUCUCAUUGCUCCCAUCUGUAUAAAGCUCUCACAGAGUGGUCUAAUAUAUUUGUAAUAUAUUUAGAAUAUAUUAGGCUAAUAGAUUUAAGAAACUCAGACAGAAAACUUUACUAUGUAUGUGCUAAAACAACAACAAACACAGAAAACCACCGUCCCCCACCUCUCUUACUACAGCUGUGAGAAACCUGUUGGUGCUAGUGGCGUCAAACUUUUAUCCUGAAUUGGUACACCUCAAAUUCAUAGAAAUGCCAUUUCACAAAUCCUCCUCCAAGGCAUAAAGCAGUACUCUGAAAUGAUUGUAGGUUUUCUUGUGCAUAACUCAUUUUUCAGGAUAUCCAUGUUCCCAUAUGGAAAGAGGUUAUGUAUAGGAAGGACCAGGAUUUAAUGUCGUGUUAGAAUUGUAUAUCCCCUGUGAUACCAGGUGUUACAAAUCUGGGUCUUUCAACAUGUAUUACAAUACUGAGAUCUGUGAAUUCAUGACUUGACACAUGCAUAACAUCAGGUUAUAUAGUUUUAGAAAUGUUACAAUGUCAAUAAAUCCCAGCAGGAUGUUUAUCAGCGAGAUACUGUAAUGUUAAGUGGUCUAUGAAUCAUUCAAAGAAG